GAGUUAUGGCAAUGAAAAUAAGUAACCAGCUCUGGUCUCCCAGAAGCUGACACUGCUCACUUGGUCCCCUCUUCUUCCUCUUCUCUCACUUACUGCUAGUGGGUGCUAAAUAAUUUGGAAGGGAGAGGCUCGGGUCAAUAAAUACGAAGAUAAAUGCCAUAUUCGAAGCCAUGCUCAAAAACUUCAUAUACAGUUUCCAUUGAAAGGGGGACGAAAGUGAGAGGCUAUUGCUGUACAAGAACAUUUAUAUAAAUAUAGAAAUAAUUAAUCUAAGAAAACCCACUUGUUCUCCCUCUUCUUUACUCACAAGAAAGAGAUAGAAAAUCUGCAUAGCAAAUCCAUUCAUCCAGACCUUUCUCUUUAAAGUCAUCAGAUACAAUCAAGAUCUCUGAGCUUAGCUGUUUAUCCAUUAGACACCCUAUUGCCCAUACUCCCAUAAUACCUUUGUCAGUUUCUUUUCCUUUCUUUUUUAUUUUUAUUUUCCCCCCACUUUUCUUAUUUUUACUUCAAAUAUUCGUACUAUAUAUAUACAAAACAUGUUCACAUUGACACCAGCCAAGAAUAAUAUAGCUAAAGAUCAUCAUCAUCAUCAUCAUCAUCAUCAUCUGCAUCACAUUAGGGAUAAAAGCAUGAAGAUCAAGUGUGAUGUCUGUGACAAGUCAGAAGCCUCAGUUUUUUGUUCUGCUGAUGAAGCUGCUCUUUGUGAAGCCUGUGAUCGCCAUGUUCAUCACGCAAACAAGCUUGCUAGCAAACAUCACCGUUUCUCUCUUCUCCGAACUUCCUCUAAACAAUCCCCUCUUUGUGAUAUCUGCCAGGAGAGACGAGCCUUUCUCUUUUGCCAAGAAGAUAGAGCGAUUCUUUGCAGAGAAUGUGACAUUCCAAUCCAUAAAGCAAAUGAACAUACAAAGAAACACAAUAGGUUUCUUCUUACAGGAAUAAAGCUCUCUAAUUCUUCAUCUUUAUACCCAACAUCAUCAUCUUCCAACAGCAGCUGCGACUCGAAGAAAAUCACUACCAGCAACAAGAAAAGCCUCCAACAGCAACCAUACGUGAAUAACAUUAAUACUCCAAGCUUUUCCAAUGAGAUGUUAAGUUCUUCUUCAGUUGAAAGAGCAUCAUCACCAUCAUCCACAGCAGCAUACAAUAAUUUUGAUGAUAAUGUUUCGAUCUCAACAAGUAGUAUUUCUGAGUACUUAGAGGCACUUCCUGGUUGGAGGGUAGAUGAUUUUCUUGAUCCUGCAAUUGCUACUGAUGGUUUCUGUAAGACUUUUGACACUUUUUCGCCAUUGGUGGAUCAUCAAGAUCUUAUAAACCAAGUGGGUCCUUUUUCACCAGAAGAUGAUUUGAACUUCUGGGUCCCUCAAAUUUCACCUCAUAAUCAAUCUCCUGUAUAUAAUCUUCUUCCCAAGAGUGUUACUAGUACUACUACUGGUUCCCUUGAUGGACUAAUGUUAAAGGAGUCCACAUCAGAAGCAAACAAUUGGAAAGUUCCUGAGAUGAGCCAUAGACCACUCAAGAAAUCCAGGCAUAAUUUCCUGUAGAAGAACAUGAAAAAUGUGUUCGAUCUUUUUUCUUCUGUUCUGUUUGAUGGAGAGGUGCAUUCAGUCAAUGGCUACUUUUUCCUCUCCAUUCUUGAUUGAUGUAACUUGUAAGCUUUCCUCGUCAAAAUGAGAAUACAAAGCCAGAUAUUUCCCCUUGGUGGAAAAGACAGCACAUUAAUUAAUUUGGGUUGUUUGUCAAUGGGAGGGAAAAAAAAAAGGUAUCGUACCUUUAUUACAAUAAGCCUAUGUUUGGAGGCUGGUAAAAUAAGAAAAAGAAGGAAAAUAAGAAUGAAGAA